ACCUUGGCUCAAAUUACCAACCAGUUGAGGCCAGGCCAGUUACUCGAAUCUGCCGGUUCCGCGUGGUCAGUGGGCACGUCACAUGCAAUCCACGUUCAGAUAUUUAUUAAAUAGAUCAUUUGUAUCAUUUACAAAGUGUAAACUACUGCCAAUGAGCGCCGAGAAGAAAAUGAAUGAUCGAAAAGUUAUUGGAACUCACGAUGGGAAAUUUCAUUGUGAUGAAGUGCUUGCUUGUGCAAUGCUUAAACUCCUGCCACAAUAUGCUGAUGCCUUAGUGAAAAGGACUCGCAAUGCGACCAUUUUAGAUACUUGUGAUAUUGUCGUUGAUGUUGGUGGAGUGUUUGAUCCCAGUGUUCACCGAUAUGACCAUCAUCAAAGAUCUUUUCAGGAGUCCUUUUCCACAUUGAAACCAGGCUUCCCAUGGGUUACUAGACUAUCAAGUGCUGGGUUAGUGUAUGUCCAUUUUGGUCAGGAAAUCAUUUCUCAAGUUCUAAACAUGCCAGUUGACUCUAAAUUGGUGCAAGAAACUUACAAGAGAGUAUAUGAAGGAUUUAUUGAAGAAAUUGAUGCAAUCGAUAAUGGUAUUUCAACACAUGAUGGUGAAGGACGGUACAAGAUCACUACAAAUCUAAGUUCCAGAGUUGGUAACCUAAACCCAAAGUGGAAUCAGACAGAGACAGAGGAAGAUGUUACAACCAAGUUUAAUCAAGGAAUGGAAUUGGUCAAGGAAGAGUUUUUGGACAAAAUUAAUUAUUUUGGCAAAUGCUGGUGGCCAGCUAGGGAGUUGGUUGUCAAAUCCAUCGAGGAUCGUUUUUCUGUUGACGAAAGUGGCCAAAUAAUCGAAUUCAACAAUGGAGGAUGCCCAUGGAAAGAGCAUUUCUUUCAGCUAGAGAAGAAAAUGGGGUUGGACGUUGGCGAUAAGAAGAUUUUGUACAGUAUAUAUCCAGAUUCUAACGGUAGUUGGAGGAUCCAAGGCGUUCCCGUUUCGUCUCAUUCUUUCGAACUGAGAAAAGCUUUACCUGACCAAUGGAGAGGUCUGCGAGACAAAGAGUUGGAUCAAAUGUCUGGUAUCGAUGGCUGUGUUUUUAUUCACGCUUCCGGAUUCAUUGGAGGCCACUCAACACGUGCAGGUGCACUAGAAAUGGGUAGGAAAGCUCUCGCUAUAAAUUGAAAAGUUAUCAUGUAAUCAUCAUCAUUCAACUAAGAAAAUACACGUUACAACAACGCUA